AUGAUAUCUCAAUUAGCAUCUAAAGUGGAUCAAAUGGCAACAUACAACAAGAUGUUGGAGAAUCAAAUAGCUCAACGGGCUAGCUCUUUAAACAAUAAAGCAUUUGGGAAGCUUCCUAGCCAACCGGAAAAUUCAAGAGAGCAUUGCAAGGCUGUUACAUUGAGAAGUGGAAAAAUAUUGGAGAGUGGAGAUAAAAACAUUGAAGAGAAAGUUGAAGGAGAUGAAAAAGUUGAAGUUGAGGUUAGAGUUGAAGUAGAGAGAAAGAGUGAAGAGGAAGAACCUAAAUAUGUAGCACAUAAAGCUUACAUGCCACCUUUACCAUUCCCACAAAGAUUUCAGAAAGCAAAGUUAGAUAAACAAUUCGAGAAGUUUUUAGAGAUUUUGUCUAACAAGAAGAAGUUGGAAGAAUUUGAGACAGUAGCUCUUACAGAAGAAAGCAGUGCUAUCUUGCAAAAUAAGCAUCCACCCAAACUGAAGGAUCCUAGUAAUUUUUCCAUACCAUGUCACAUUGGAGAUAUUAGGAUAGACAAGGCUUUAUGUGAUCUUGAAGCUAGUGUUAGUCUAAUGCCAUUGUCUAUUUACGAGAAAAUGAAGAUUAGAGAAAUGAAGCCUACCACUAUUUCACUACAGUUAGUAGAUAGGUUUAUUAAAUUUCCAAUUGGAGUGAUUGAGAAUGUUCCUCUAAAAGUUGGAAAAUCUUUGAUACUAGUGGACUUUGUAGUACUGGAGAUGAAGGAGGAUGUACACAUUCCUAUCGUUCUUGGCAGACCUUUCCUUGUUACUGCUGGAGCUAUGAUUGAUGUAAAGAAUGGAAGGCUUACAUUAGAAUGUUGGAAGAUUAGAGAUUUGAAGCAAGAUGCUACUUCACCACCAAUGUUUGAAGGAAGUGAAGCACCAAAGGUAGAAUUAAAACCUCUUCCAAAAAAUCUCAGGAUAAAAGAAGCUUUGAUAUCUGCUCCUAUUAUGUAG